ACUUCAAGACUAUUGAGAUGCGCCGGCGCAGUCGACGGCGUGUGCUUCGUUGGUGAGGCAGCCCCGACAUCGUAUCGCAGUGAGCCGUAUACGGAUUUAAAUCACAAUGAAGAGUAAACUGCUGUUGCUGACCUUACUGGUCGCGGCAGUGUGCUCCACGGAGGCAUUGAAGCGGCGGCGGCACCGUCGGCUGCGUACCACCACCACGACGGAGCCAGCGAUGCUGGCAGCGGCGCGACUGUUUCCCCCAGCAGCGCACGUGCAACGGGAGGAUGCUGAAGCGGAGCACGUCGAGUUGGGCAUGGCUGAGCGUCUCGACGAGAAACGUUUCCAGGAAGCCGAGAGAGCUCGCAUCAAUGAGUUGAUGAACGAAAUUCCCGACGAAGAAGAUGGCAAUGAAGUUUUUCUCGAUGAUCCUUGCCUGAAGGUACACUGCAGCGCAGGUCGCGUUUGCGAAAUCGAUGAACACGGCGACGCCGUUUGCAACUGCAUCAAGGAGUGCCCCUACGAAACCGACUCCCGCCGAAAGGUUUGCACACACACCAACGAGACCUGGUCAUCUGACUGCGAGGUGUACAGACAACGGUGCCUUUGCCUCGACAACUCGGAGCUGUGCCAGGGGCCCGAGUACAGCCACGUGCAAAUAGACUACUACGGUGCCUGCAGGGAGAUGCCUGAGUGCAACGAGAACGAGAUGGCCGACUUCCCGCGGCGCAUGCGUGACUGGUUGUUCAACAUCAUGCGCGACAUGGCUGAGCGUCGUGAGCUCACGCCGCACUACCUGCGUAUGGAGCGCGAGGCAGAGUCCAACCUCACGCGCCGCUGGACCAACGCCGCCAUCUGGAAGUGGUGUGACCUCGACGCCCACGACAACGACAGAUUUGUGUCACGUCACGAGUUGUUCCCGAUCCGGGCACCACUGAUGGCCCUGGAGCAUUGCAUCGCGCCUUUCCUCAACCGCUGCGACGAAGACAACGACCACCGCAUCACCCUCGCCGAGUGGGGCAAGUGCUUGCAGCUGGAAGAAUAUGAACUGGAAGAUCGUUGUGACGAGCUUGUUGACGAAGACGGAAAUACCAAGAAAGAGGAAUAGUAUAAUUUGACAUGAAUAAUAUUAAUACUUAAUAUUUAA